AUGCCUCCCGCCAAAGCUAUUAAGACCGAGCGUACCCACGAAGAAAACCAAGAGCGUGCAUAUAUUGCCGCGUCGAGACGAAGUGACCGUAGUUUGGAGGCUCGUGUCGAGUCCGCUCGGAGAGCUUCUGAGAUCCACAAAAGACGAACAGGUCGCUCAUUACGUGUGACUGAGCAGGAUGUAGUCAACGAGGAGAUGUACGAGGAGGAGGAUGAUGACCUUCCGGGCCAGUAUCGACGACUCACCGCCCAUCUACAGACACCUUCUGCGGACUUCAACAGAAAGUUGUCUGCGUAUCUCACGACAAACAUCUCCAUGAGAGCUGCCGUCGAACAGGCCGUGUUCAAUUCCUACGCUCAACAACAGCAGCAGAAUGGCGGUAUGCCACAGUUCGGAAACUCCAUGUACCCAUCACCGAUGAUUGCGCAUCAAGCACAACAACAACUCCAGUCACCUAUUAGUCCAUCUAUGCGGAGCCCAAGCUUCCGACAGGCUCCAUAUCCUCCUCGACCUCAACAACAGCAACAACAACAAAUGCAAGCCAAUCAACUCGCCCAGUCGCAUCAACGGUCGGCGACUUUGGCCAACAUUCACGAUGUGUCAGCUAAUGCUCGACCAUCACCAAUUGUGACCGAUACCGAGCGCAGACAGUCAUUGCCUGUCAUUGCUGCUGCAAGGUCUCCGGUCGAGACAAGAUCGCCUCUAUCGGCAACGGCAACGACGCCAAAAGAGAGACCUUCCUUCCCACCAGGAUCCUUCACUCAAUCAAACAUCCAAAAGGGACAAAACACAUUCUCGAUGCAACAGCCUUUCGAGAUGAACUCAUUCCCAACCAAUACAGGUGUGAAUUACGGCCCAAUGAACACAGCUAUGACAGGCGAUGCUCAAGGAUUCCUAGGUUCAUCGAUGAAUCCUAACGACCAAAUGUCAAAUAUGAUGAUGGUUGGCAACACUUCCGUGACUCCAAACUUCUUCGGCUUCGAGCAGCAAGCGUCAAGUACUGGCCUGGGCAAAUAUCAGACCCACCCAACACAAAGUGGUUUACACUCUACGCUCGCUCCUUCAGACCUGGACGCUAACCCUCCACUCGAGAAUGACUUUUUGCAGAGCAACAGCUUCUUUGAUGAUGCUCUCAAUGCCGGAAGCAACGGUCAAACACCUGUUCUGACACCUGGUGAUCCUUGGGAGUCUUACGUAAACUUUGAUGACUGGAACAACAAUCCAAUGGGUUCGCAGUCGUCACAGUAG